UCCGGUUCCUCCUCCAGUCGUGACGCGUUGUUUCCAGCAUGGCAGCUGUUGGAGUGUCUGCAAAAUGUUUAGACAGCAUGGGGACUGUUAACUCUGCUCUCGCAACCGGGAGAGCUUUUGCAGGGGCUCCACUAACUCUCCGUAUAGUGGCUGAGUGUCCGGUGAGCAAAGCCCGGGCUUGCGACCUCACCCUGCCGCACUGCACGGUCAACACGCCGGUAUUCAUGCCGGUUGGCACGCAGGGCACGAUGAAAGGGAUCACCGUGGACCAACUAGAAGCUCUGGGAUGUCAGAUCUGUCUGGGAAAUACGUAUCACUUGGGUAUGAGACCGGGACCAGAGCUCAUCAAGAAGGCUAAUGGCCUGCAUGGGUUUAUGAACUGGAAACGUAACUUACUGACGGACAGUGGUGGUUUCCAGAUGGUGUCUCUGGUGGAGCUGUCUGUGGUGACGGAAGAAGGGGUGCGAUUCCGUUCUCCUUAUGAUGGCAAAGAAAUCCUGCUCACUCCCGAGGAGUCCAUCAGCAUCCAGAACGCCCUGGGGUCAGACAUCAUGAUGCAGUUGGAUGAUGUGGUCAGCAGCACUGUGACUGGGCCCCGUGUUGAGGAAGCCAUGUAUAGGUCUAUCCGAUGGCUAGAUCGUUGCAUAAAAGCCAACAAAAACCCAGAGAGGCAGAAUCUUUUCGCCAUCAUCCAAGGUGGAUUGAACGCUGACCUCCGCAAAAAAUGCCUUGAAGAAAUGACGAAGCGGGACGUGCCCGGAUUCGCCGUCGGUGGGCUCAGCGGGGGAGAGGAGAAGGACGAUUUCUGGAAGAUGGUGACGCUCAGCACAGACCACCUGCCCCGGGUGAAGCCUCGAUACCUCAUGGGAGUCGGGUAUGCCACUGAUCUGGUGGUGUGUGUCGCCCUCGGCUGUGACAUGUUUGACUGUGUCUUUCCUACACGCACUGCUAGGUUCGGCUCCGCGCUCGUGCCUUGGGGGUCCCUGCAGCUCAAACACAAGCAGUUUGCCAAAGACUUCCAACCUAUUGAUCCCAACUGUGAGUGUGCCACCUGCAGGAGGUACAGUCGAGCUUUCCUUCAUGCGUUGUUUAAGGCAGAUACAGCUGCCCUGCACCACAUAACAGUUCACAAUAUUGCAUAUCAGCUUUCCCUGAUGCGUUCCGUGAGGCAGAGUAUCGUGGAGCAGCGCUUCCCUCAGUUUGUACGGAGCUUCAUGGCACGCAUGUACAAUUCCAAGGAGGACUAUCCUUCCUGGGCAGUGGACGCCCUGGCAUCGGUGAACAUCACCCUGGACUAAGGGCAACAAGCAGGGGAUCAUUGGUAGUGAGAAAAGAGAAAGACAAUACUGGUAUAAAACUGGCCUGUGGUCUGAAUCUCAGGCUGGAUGUGAUCUCAGAUUUAAAAGCAAGGCCUGUCCUGUUUUUUUAGAGAACAAUUUGUUAUUUUAACCAAAAAAUAUCUCAAGGGAGACAUUGAGACCACCUUGAUGCUAAGUCAAUGAAAUGAAGGCAAGUUGCACUUGUAAGUAAUUUCUCAGACUCUGUGACUACGCCUUUUUAAUUUUUUAUCUUCCUUUUUAUCAUUUACUUUUAUUUAUAUAAUGGAUUUUGUACUGGGGUGCAAAAUAAAAUGUCACAUUUUCAAUAAUAACUAAAUGCCCCAACUUCUUCUAAGAUUCUACUUUUUUUACUCAGACCUUCAACAGUUAGUGGAGUAUUGUAAAUCACAGUACUGUUUAAAAAAUAUUUUAGGGGGAAGAUUUAAUGAGGCUUAGGUAGAGCUCCAACAUUAAAGACUACCAGAAUGAAACAAAGUUAACGCAGUGUUUUCUCAUCUUGUCCGUUAAUUAUUUAUUUCUUCAUGUACUGUUCAAUAUAUUGUACCUUACCUGUAAAAAAAUGUAGAAAG